AUGUUAUUUUCGUUCUGACUCUUGAACAGCUUCAGGCGUAUUAAAACUCCAGUCAAAGGACAUUCAUGCAAACAUCUCCAGUGUUUUGAUUAUGACAACUAUGUGAAUAUAAAUUCAAGAAGACCAUCAUGGCGCUGUCCCCAUUGUAAUCAGCAUGUCUGCUUCACUGAUAUCCGCCUUGAUCAAAAAAUGGCGAAGGUGUUGAAAGAGGUUGGACCAAAUGUCAAAGAGGUAAUCAUCUCCUCAGACGGGUCAUGGAAUGCCGUCAUUGAAACUGAAGAUACUACAAAGAAACCAGAGGAUAAGACCUCCAAUGUUGGACAUGAUGCCCCUUCAGAAAUUGAAUCUACUGGUUUGCCAGGUGCACCAGUGGAGAUUCUUGAUCUUACAGAAAUAGAUGAUGGGAUGGAUGCGGUGGCCACUCGCGAAAGUGAAGACACAAAACUUUCCCCAACUGCCUGUCAAAGUCUUUCUAUGACUCAGACUCCAAGUGUCAACCCUCAAAUGGCCAACACAUGUGAUGUUAAUCAAAACAUUGGUCAGAUUGACGAAGACUUUUGGUCAGGAAUUUAUAUGUCCACCUUUGGAACAGGGACAUCAAAUGUUAGAUCAAAUCUACCAAUUGCUGGUGUUUCUAGUCGGGAACUCGACGCUUUUCAUGGAAAUGUUCCUCUCUCAACUUCUGUGCCGGAAAGUGAAACUGCUUUGCCCAAUAUUUUGCAACUGCAGCAGUAUCAAUUUGGAAAUUCAAAUAUGAGCAACGAGUAUGGAAGGCUCCCUUCAAUAUCCAGCCAUGUAACAAGAACACCAAUUGCAAUUCAGGCCCUGCCUGCCCAGGCCCCUGCUUCUGUCCUUCAACAGAGAUCAAGAAAUAGUACGAACACCUUUAUGCAGAAUAACCCUUCAGCAGCUGCUCAAGCCUCACCUUCUGCACGAUUGGUCCCGGAUGGUUUCUCUAUGCUCGAUUCAAGUUCAUCUCAGGUGUCACAGAUGCCUUCUUCUUCAUUGCAGCAGUACUCGGGUAUACAGCAAAACCGUUCGGUUCCUUCUGUUCGUCCAUCUCAGCAUAAUAUUGGUCUUCAGGCUCCCCAUUUGGUGCCAAAUGCUUAUAGAGUUUCAAAUGAACGCCAAAGUACAAGUCAAUUGCAGAUGGCAAACCUUGCGGCUUCUCAUGCAAUGAAUCAGUCUUUUGGACAAGUCCAAUCAUCAAUACUACCCUCUGCCAAUUUCUUGAGCCCUCAAAUGCAUGGGGUAGGUUCACAAAGUGGAGUUGAUCGGUCAACAGGCGUUAUUGGUAGUCAACAAUCUCGUUUAAUGGUCCCUAAUCAGAGAAACGGACAAAUGGCAAGGCCCGUUGAAACAUCAAGAGCGCACACGUAUUCACUGAAUCCUGAUGCCCGUAGGAUGCCUUCUGUGUCCCACCAAAUAGAGAAUACAGGAGGUACAUCAGUAACAGUCCCAAGAACAGAUGCUUAUGAUCAAGCUGACCAAAAUUGGAGGCCCACAGCUCGGAUGCGUGGAGCCCUAUCCGGACAAGCUUAUUCUGAUGCUUUAAACCAGUUUAUUCUUCGGCCAACCUCACAACCACAGGCUGCUCGACCAAUCUCAAAUGCGGGCUCACUUCCAGGUAAUGUCCGAGCACCAUUGCAACCUCACAUGGCUGAUAGAGUUGCUCAGAGUCCUCAACUGCCAAAUCAUCCAUCCAUAGGACAGGCUAGUAGGCCUAGAGUAUCUGGCGUUUCACCCGAGGGAUCUUUUGGGAACUGAUGUGUAGACUUAAAGGGGGGUAGCUAGGUGAGUCUUGGCCAAAUAUAUCUCCCGCGGUCAUUUAUACAUGUAUUUCUGAAUGCUUAUGGCAUGUAGAAUUGGCGGGUUGUGCUCUCGGUUUUGUGGUGUUAGUUUGGGAACUACUAACUACAGAUCUUUCAAUGAUGAUGUUUUCUCUGACUCGCGAGUGAUGAAUGCCUUCUUCUGUAGGUAUGAACUCACAAUGUGUGUAAGACGUGUUUUGUUUAUGCAUGAAUUUCUCCAUUCC